GCAUGUCGCCAUCAUAUGCAAUGAUAUUGGAAGAAGUAAUACCUAAAGUAUCUACCAAACCUAAAAGACCUAUUGGAAAGAAUGAACCACAAUUACAGAAGGGGCUCACAGUAAGAUAUCUAUUAAAACAAGCCCUGUUCGUUUUUCCAUUCACGAGAAGUGUAACAGAUGCAGGAACAUCCUCACUUUGUGAGACUAUCUGUUCGGGAGUUACAGGAGUAAUAUUAGUUAUAGAAUCAUUUGUUUCACAGUGUAUUGAAGUUUUUUUAUCAGAGUGGAAUUCGAUAGAUAGAAAAGUUAUUUGUGAUUCGGAUUGGGUUGAGCUAUGUUCUAUUUCAGGUAUAGAAUCAGGAUUAAUAGCUUCCUCCUUAUCAGGUUGGCUCUUAGUCUUUAGCUGGUUCACAUCGGUAUAUGACGAAAUAUUCUUUAUGGGUGUAUUAUCAGAAUUUAUUUCAGGAAGAAUGG